CAAUAUGGCGGCCCCCGUGAAUUUACAAUUGUGAAUGACAGAGAGAAAUCCACGUUACCAAGAUGACAGAAAUAACAGUAACGCCACUAGGUGCUGGGCAGGAUGUUGGCCGAAGUUGUAUUCUGCUCUCUAUUGGUGGCAAGAAUAUCAUGUUGGACUGUGGAAUGCAUAUGGGAUACAAUGAUGAGCGACGGUUUCCUGAUUUUACCUAUGUUACAAAGGAAGGGAGACUAACACAACAUUUGGAUUGUGUUAUUAUAAGUCACUUUCACUUGGAUCACUGUGGAGCACUGCCCUACAUGUCAGAGAUGGUGGGGUAUGAUGGCCCAAUAUACAUGACACAUCCAACCAAGGCUAUUUGUCCGAUCCUGUUGGAGGAUUACAGGAAAAUAACAGUGGAAAGAAAAGGAGAGACCAAUUUCUUUACUUCAGAAAUGAUUAAAACUUGCAUGAAGAAGGUUAUAGCUGUCAACUUGCAUCAGACCAUGCAGGUUGAUGAUGAGAUGGAGAUCAAGGCCUACUAUGCUGGCCAUGUGUUGGGAGCUGCCAUGUUCCACAUCAAAGUUGGGCAGCAGUCUGUUGUGUACACAGGCGACUACAAUAUGACUCCUGAUCGGCACUUGGGAGCGGCUUGGAUUGACAAAUGUCGUCCUGAUUUACUUAUCACAGAAUCCACAUAUGCUACAACGAUCCGAGACUCCAAGAGAUGUCGCGAAAGGGACUUCCUGAAGAAGGUCCAUAAUUGUGUAGAUAAAGGUGGAAAGGUAUUGAUCCCCGUGUUUGCAUUGGGACGUGCCCAGGAGUUGUGUAUCCUGUUGGAGACUUACUGGGAUAGAAUGAAUCUCAAAGUGCCAGUCUACUUUUCCCUGGGACUAACAGAAAAGGCAAAUCACUACUACAAGCUGUUUAUUACAUGGACUAGCCAGAAAAUUAAAAAGACAUUUGUGGAAAGAAACAUGUUUGAGUUCAAGCACAUAAAGCCAUUUGACCGGGCCUACAUUGACAACCCUGGACCAAUGGUGGUGUUUGCCACUCCUGGAAUGUUGCAUGCUGGGCUUUCACUGCAAGUCUUCAAACGCUGGGCACCCAAUGAAAAGAACAUGGUAAUUAUGCCCGGCUACUGUGUGGCGGGAACAGUGGGACAUAAAAUCCUUAAUGGCGUCCGGAAACUGGAAAUGGAGAACAAACAAAUGUUGGAUGUGAAAUUAGCUGUGGAAUAUAUGUCGUUCAGUGCUCAUGCUGAUGCUAAGGGUAUCAUGCAGCUCAUUAGUCAAUGUGAACCCCGUAAUGUCCUGCUGGUUCAUGGGGAGGCAGUCAAGAUGGAGUUCCUUAAGACGAAAAUCAAACAAGAAUUUAGUAUUGGCUGUUUCAUGCCAGCCAAUGGGGAGACGGCUGUUAUGGAGACGAAACAUAACAUUCCUGUCGAUAUUUCACUGUCCUUGUUAAAGAGAGAAUCGGCCAAAGUUGGUCUGCUUCCCCCUGAUGCGAAGAGGCCAAGGGUUUUACAUGGGGCUCUGGUGAUGAAGGGAAGUAAGCUCCAGUUGAUUGAUGCAGCAGAUGCACUCCAGGAUUUCGGCCUAGCCGAGCACCAGCUUAGGUUUACUUCCACACUAGCUUUCGAUGAGGAAGGACCCACGACAGAAACUGCUGACAAAAUUUACCAGCUGGUGAAAAGCCAACUGAAGGACUUCCCUACCCACUAUUCGUCAGAUGGUAGUAUCACCAUAUCAGAUUCUGUCCUGGUCCAGGUAUCUGGAGAUGAAGAGUCCAAGUCAGUCUUGGUGUCAUGGUCCUACCAGGACGAAGAUGUUGGAAGCUACCUCUUGCAGCUGUUAAAGUCUGAACUUGUGACCUGAAGUAACCUACAUCCAAUGAUAUAUUUAUAUAUAUAGCUAAGUAUAAAUGAAGGCAGAUUAUGUCGUGAAACCAUCUUAUACAAAAGUGCUUCAUUAAAGUGAAACUUUUUUGUGCAUCCACCAAAUUGACUCUGGUGAGUUGAGCCACAGAAAUAUUGACUCUUACAAGUUGAGACAGGAAAUUGACUGGUGAGUUGAGACAGGGGAAAUUGACUCUGGUGAGUUUAGACAGAGGAAAUCGACUCUGGUGUGUUUAGACAGAAGACAUUGACUCUGGUGAGUUUAGACAGAGGAGAGUUGACUCUGGUGAGUUAAGACACAGGGAAGUUGACUCUGGUGAGUUUAGAACGAGGGAAAAUGACUCUUGUGAGUUAAGACAGUGCUGCAGCAGGAGUUAAGAUGGAUGAUUGUUAAUUGAUCAAAUCUAACAUCUGCAGAGGAGCAGAAGGGGGAAUCACAUAAAGCUGGACUUGGUACAAAGAAUGCCUCACUUUCCAGAUGCAGUUAUUGACGUACUUGACAUACAUUUGUUUAAUUUGUACAUCAGUGAAAACAGAUUCAUAUUUGUUGAUGUGAAAACCAAGUUAUCCUUGAUAUUCAGAUGUAAAUAUUAUUGAGGAAGUAACACACUUGGUGGAGACUAAUCUGAAAACGGAUUUAUUACUUUCCUCAAAUUGCCAGUUACCUGUCUGCUAUUUACAACAUAUAUAGCAGUCUGCAAAGUCGUUGGUAACCUGCUAGAAUUGUAAUAUUUCCAGAGAUCAAAGAGUCCAGGUCAGCCUAACAGGAAAUCAUCAUUUUGUGUCAAAUUUCACAAUAAAUAAUUUGUUUUGUUUUUUUGCAUGACAAAUAAUACUAAAAUUAAAUUAAAGGUUGUGUUAUUCUGUAGCAAAAAAGUUUUUGUGCACAAAAUGUGAAGAUUUUGAUUGUUAGGUGUCAUUUAAAAGCAAAACAAAGCACCUUUUGUGAAUUAUUUUUAGCUUAUAGUUAUAGUUUUUAUAGCUUUGAUGUGUAGUUGAGAAAUGUCUGCAAAAGUUACAAUUUUUCUUUUUUAUUUCUUGUCACUAGCAUCUGAAAUUCAGAUACAUAUAAUUUUGGUUAUUUGGGGUGCUAAGUACAAAAAUAUGUGAUUGGGAUGUUUAAGUAUUUGAAAGCCUACUCUACAUGAAUGAUUGAUCAUAGUUCAACCAAAUUUACUAUAAAAAA